AUGGCCUGGAUCAGUAAUAUCUCCUGGUUUAAUCACCUUGCUCUACAUGAAGAACAUUUCAGGAAGUACUUAAACAGCACUGAGGAUUACUUAGCUUUCCUGUGUGGGCCCAGGCGGAGCCAUCUGUUCUUGCCCAUGGCUUUGGUGUACACCCUGAUCUUCGUUGUUGGGGUGGUAGGUAACUUCUUAGUUUGCCUGGUAAUCCUCAAGCACCGGAACAUGAAGACCCCAACCAAUUAUUAUCUCUUCAGUCUCGCCAUCUCAGACCUGCUAGUGCUGCUUUUUGGAAUGCCGCUGGAAGUCUAUGAGAUGUGGAGCAACUACCCCUUCUUGUUUGGGCCUGUCGGCUGCUAUCUGAAGACAGCGCUCUUUGAGACCGUGUGUUUUGCCUCCAUCCUCAGCGUGACGACAGUCAGCGUGGAGAGAUAUAUUGCCAUCCUCCAUCCUUUCCGUGCCAAGCUGGAGAGCACUCGCAAGCGUGCCCUGAGGACCAUCGUGGUGCUCUGGGUCCUCUCUGUCCUCUUCGCCCUCCCCAACACAGGCACCCAUGGCAUCAUGCUGCAGUAUUUCCCCAAUGGCACCCUGGUCCCUGGCUCUGAUACCUGCACUGUAGUCAUGCCCAUGUGGAUCUACAACUGUAUUGUCCAGAUUACUUCUUUUCUCUUCUAUGUGCUGCCUAUGGGGGUAAUAAGUGUGCUAUACUACCUGAUGGGGCUAAGAUUGAAAGGAGACAAAUCUUUGGAAGUGGAGGAAAUGGCUAUGAAUGUUCAAAGACCAUCUAGGAAAUCAGUCACCAAGAUGUUGUUUGUCCUCGUGAUGGUUUUUGCUAUCUGCUGGGCUCCAUUCCAUGUAGAUCGACUAUUCUUCAGCUUUGUUGUGGAAUGGACUGAACCUCUGGCUAACAUAUUCAACUUAAUUCAUGUGGUGUCAGGUGUUUUCUUCUAUCUGAGCUCUGCUGUGAACCCCAUCAUUUACAAUCUGUUGUCCCAGCGCUUCAGGAUGGCUUUCCUCAGUGUGAUCCCGCCUUGUUGCAAGCACUGGGCCCCUAACCAUCCCAGCAGCAGGAUCCCUGCCCAGAAGAGCAUCUUUAUGGUUGAGGACCACAAUCUUGUGGACUCUGCUGAAGCCACAAGUCUACCUGGCACCCACAGAACAUCUGUCAGCAGUUCGCAGCUCUCCACUGGUCUGUGA